GAACUCAGUUCCUCUCUUCAGCCGUGAGACAGAAGGAAGCAGAGAAACCACGCAGCACCAGAGCACAGUUCACCGGCUCAUCUCAGUAUGUGGCAGAGAACUACGUGGUGUUGAAGGAGGACGACAAAACAGACGGUGGUCGGCAAAUCUCAGGGUCGCCAAAUUGCCCGUUCCUGGACAAAUUAAACGGGAGGCUCUUCAUAUUUAUGAUCCCCGGUUAUACACAUCUUAGAACUGCCCGUCCUCCACCUCCAACCCCAAGAGGCGAAGUGUCAGGAACCACGUAGAAGUGAAGCCCCCAUGGCUCCAGAAUUCUGUGCGUCACUUUGGUGAGCGUGGGGCCGUCAGAGGGCAGAAGACAUGUUGGGACAGAGGGCUGGGCACCGCAUUGAAGCUUGCUGUAGUAACCAUGGAAACGGUGUGGAGGAGUUUGGCCUUCGUUGGCAUCAUCGCCAUGGUUGCCCGUGGAGUGGCAGAAAGUUGGAGUCCUGAGGAGUUUGCUCAGUCUCAAGCUGAGUUUCUGUCCAGCUUGGGCCAGUAUGAGAUCGCCAUCCCAGUGCGUGUGGGGCCACAUGGGGAAACGCUAUCGGAAGAGGAGACCUCUCACAGGAAUGGCCGACACCGGCGUAGCACGGAAACGCAGAGCGUUCCAGAGCCGCAGCUGUACUAUCAACUCUCCACAUCGAGCGCUGACCUUUUGCUCAACCUCACGCUGCAGGGAGGACUGCUCUCGCGACAGUUCCGUGUGGAAUACUGGAAGAGGGGGCGCUUGGCUUGGAGUCACCCAUACUUGCCCAGCUGCCACUAUGUGGGUCACCUGCAGCACCAGCCUCACUCUAGUUCUGUGGCUCUUAGCAACUGUAAUGGCCUGCAAGGGGUCAUUGUGGCUGCAGGUGAGGAGUACCUUAUCGAACCCUUGGUUUCUGCUAAAAACAUCACUAAUGAGGAUGGCAGAGAAGGGCACCCCCAUGUGGUGUACAAACGGUCAUCUCUAAGAUACCAAAACAUGGACCAGUCCUGUGGAGUCAUUGAUGAGAAGCCUGGUAAGAGCUAUGGAUGGUGGCAGAGAACAAUAAAGCCCUCACCCAACCAGAUGGGACGGGGCCAGUUACCACUGAAGCGUUCUGUCAGUCGAGAGCGCUACGUCGAAACUCUCGUGGUGGCCGACAAGAUGAUGGUCAGCUAUCAUGGCCGUCGCGAUAUCGAACAGUACAUUCUGGCUGUCAUGAAUAUUGUUGCCAAACUGUUCCAGGAUUCUAGCCUGGGGAAUGCAGUGAACAUCGUUGUGACGAGGCUUAUUCUACUGAUGGAAGACCAGCCCACACUAGAGGUAAACCAUCAUGCAGGGAAGUCUUUAGACAGUUUCUGCAAGUGGCAAAAGUCCAUCCUGCACCGGAACGGACAUGGGAAUGCCAUCCCUGACAAUGGAAUCGCUCACCAUGAUACAGCAGUCCUCAUCACCAGGUAUGACAUCUGCAUCUACAAGAACAAACCCUGUGGAACACUUGCUAAUCGAAGGUUUAUUGGAUUGGCACCUGUUGGCGGUAUGUGUGAGCCAGAGAGAAGCUGUAGCAUCAAUGAAGACAUUGGUCUGGCCACUGCUUUCACCAUUGCACACGAGAUAGGACACACGUUUGGGAUGAAUCAUGAUGGUGUUGGCAAUGCAUGUGGGGUGCGCAGUCAGGAGACUGCUAAACUCAUGGCUGCCCACAUCACCAUGAAGACUAACCCUUUCGUCUGGUCUGCCUGCAGCCGCGAUUACAUCACCAACUUCCUCGACUCUGGCAUGGGUUCCUGCCUGAACAAUGCUCCCCCCAAGCAGGAAUUUGUUUACCCCACCACAGCCCCUGGCCAAGCCUAUGAUGCAGACGAACAGUGCCGCUUUCAGUACGGAGUGAAGUCUCGUCAGUGUAAAUACGGGGAAGUGUGCAGUGAGCUUUGGUGCAUGAGUAAAGGGAAUCGCUGCAUCACCAGUAGUAUCCCAGCCGCCGAGGGCACCAUCUGUCAGACCAGCACCAUCGAAAAAGGGUGGUGCUACAAAAGAGUGUGUGUGCCAUAUGGAACACGUCCGGAGGGGGUAGAUGGUGGGUGGGGCCACUGGUCGCCAUGGGAGGAGUGUAGUCGCACCUGUGGGGGCGGAGUCUCGUCCUCUAUUCGCCAUUGUGACAGCCCCAGGCCAACAGUUGGAGGAAAAUAUUGUCUGGGAGAGAGGAAGCGUUUUAGAUCCUGCAACAUUGAUGAGUGCCCGGCUGGAUCUCAGGAUUUUCGGGAGAUUCAGUGCUCGGACUUUGACAGUGUUCCCUUCCGGGGGAAAUUCUACACCUGGAAGCCGUACAGGGGCG